AUCUCUGCGGAAUCACCUUUAUAAAGCCGGCGGGCGUUCCCUUUCAGUCUUAACUAACUUAACUCCUGACGAAGUUUCUGCUUCAAAGGCACCAAGACGCCGUCCCAGGUUCCUAUAUCAGAGCUGAUUUCCGCUAGCACAGGUCCGCGCUUCUCUUUCCUCAGACGUGCGACGCCGUCGACUGCGAACAGCCGUGCCGAGUAGAGCUCCCCGCGACUUCCCGUCCCUACAGUCACCCGUGUUCGAGAGUUAUGAAGCUGGCCACCGUCUUAGUAGCAGUGCUGGGCUGCCUGCUGGUUCCGGAGGGCGGGGAGGCCAUGCCGGCCCGCAGGAGCCAGGCCAAACCCAUGACGGCGGUCAACUGGAACGAGGCCUUCGAGCCACUCCGCUUCGGCCGGCGCAGCCCGGCUUCUUCCCUCAGCUCCGAGGACGACUCGGACUCAGACCUCUGGCCAGACUACACAGCCCCGCAGCCCAGGUUCACCCUGCCGCCCCAGAGGGAACCCAUGGCCAGGAUGCUGCUGCCCAGCCUCAGAGAAGACCCGGCCGACCACCUGACGCGCUCCGCCGUCCUGCGGCUCCUCGGGGACCUGAUUCAGGCCAGGCAGCAGCAGAACCUCCUGGACAAUUGAUCACGACCGAAGACCGACCGUUUGGACAUGUGAACACAGUAGAGACACUCUCACUAGAGAGAACCACAGCGGCCUACUAACAAACCUGCGAGGAGACCAUUUGUUAGCAAAGACGAAGUCUUGUCCUGUGAAGCUGCGGUAAGGGUAGUCGAGGAUUAAGAACGAAUCUUUUUGCUGAUGAACAUAUAUUAUAUCACAUUGUGCUAAAGAGAAUAGUGGACGUAUUUUCGACCAGAUGUCUCUCUAUUCUAAAGGCCAUCCAUUACUGUACGUCUAUUUUUCCAGCGCUCCGUUAGAAUUUGCUAAAUUGAUGUUUGUAAUUACACAAAUGAGAUUUUGAAAGAUACUAAUGUUAAUUGCCUGUGAACUGCAUUUGCAGAUGCAUAUCGCCUUGAUUACUUCAGCAGAUGGGAAUAGCUAUUGUAUCCACUGCACCUUUUUGGAACCCUGAUUAAAAGCUGUAGAAUG